CUAUCCACCAAAGUCAAGAUGAUGCUGUUGAUCCUCGGAGCUGUGAUCACAAUGGCAACUGCCGGUGUGCUACCUCACAAUAAGGAGUGGGAGAUGUGGAAACUACAACAUGGAAAGCAAUACGAGACAGAAGCUGAAGAGUACAGCCGCAGGUUUACCUUUGAGAAGAACACCAUCAAGAUCGCUGAACACAACAUCAGGGCCAGUCUGGGCAUGCACUCCUACACUCUGGCUAUGAACAAGUUUGGAGACAUGCACCACGAGGAAUUCCACCAGAGGAUCAUGGGAGGAUGUCUGAAGAUUGUGAAGGUCAACAAGCCCCUGCUGGGGUCAGAGGUCGGAGACAAUGAUGACAACGGUACCCUCCCCAAAUCUGUGGACUGGAGGAACUCCGCCAUGGUGUCAGAGGUCAAAGAUCAGGGAGAGUGUGGAUCUUGCUGGGCUUUCAGUACGACGGGGUCCUUGGAGGGACAACAUGCUAACAAGACUGGUAAGCUGGUGGACCUGAGUGAGCAGCAGCUGGUGGACUGUUCCAAGGACUUUGGUAACCAGGGGUGCGGGGGUGGACUGAUGGACCAGGCCUUCCAGUACAUCAAGGCUAACGGUGGGCUGGAUACCGAGGAGUCAUACCCUUACACUGCAACGGACGAUAAACCCUGCAAGUUUGACAACUCGUCUGUCGGAGCGACCCUGAUUGGCUACAAGGAUGUGAAGUCUGGUAACGAGCAUGCGCUGAAGAGGGCGGUCGCAACGGUCGGGCCAAUCUCCGUGGCAAUCGAUGCAGGACACGAAUCCUUCCAGUUCUACUCUUCAGGAGUGUAUGAUGAACCACAGUGCAGUUCAGAGCAGCUCGAUCAUGGAGUUCUGGUGGUGGGCUAUGGGGCCAUGAACGACAACAGUCAUCAGGCAUUCUGGAUUGUAAAGAACAGCUGGGGUCCGAACUGGGGAGACCAGGGCUACAUCAUGAUGUCACGGAACAAGGACAACCAGUGCGGCAUCGCCACAUCGGCCAGCUAUCCUCUGGUGUAAUACUUGGGCAUCGUGCUCUAAGUUCUUUAAAGUUUAAACCUUCUUUGUGUUUGGCACAGCUUGGGCAGGGUUCUAUAUGUACAUAUGCCAUCCAUGUAACGAUAGAGCUGUUUUAGAGAAAACACUAGCUUUCAUUAGUGGGGGAUUAUCUGGAAAUAACUUUAAAUCAAGCAGGAUUUGUAGUAAUUGAUUUUCAGGUUCCUGCAGGGGUUAAAUCAUGAGGUGUUUCAACAGUAAUUUUAAGGGCUAGUGAAACCACUGAAGCAUUGACCAAGAACCCUGCCCAAGUUUUUUUUAAAAGGAGUUCAUUGAGUUUUCCACUGCCAAGCUGAUGACCGUUAUCUAUACAUAUCUCAAACAUAAGUUGUGUGUACAGUAAUACAUCAGUUCACGUAGGAAAUUUUCAAAUUUAGAAGACAUUUUAAGGCUGUAUUUAAAAGUAGUUCUAUCUCAGUUUUACCUCUGUAAUACAUAGAUAUUAGGAAAUUUUUAUUGGUGUUUGUUGGAGCUGGUUUUCAUUGGAGCUUUACAUUAUGAGCUGAAUUUUCUCAAAGCUGUUUUUCUCUACUUGUAUGACAUUUAUUGAGGACAAUAAAGAGGCACAUUGUACAAUA